UAUAUGCCCCAAGUCCCAGAACGAAAUUUACGAUGUUGUUUUGGGAACCGACAUGACUGCAUCUGUCCUGAAGUUCCCUCUUCUAUUUGCCUUCACUGAGUUUAGGCCUCUUGAUCGCCACAUCCCAAAGAAUCACCCAUCAAAUUCAGUAAAACCAUCUAUCUCUCUUAAAACCCCUCGAUUUCCACGCCAAUUGAAAGCCAGAACUACUCCCAUGGAAGCCGAACAAAGUGGAACUGCAAUCAACCCCAGCUCAAAUGCAUCCAUGAAGCUCUUGUUUGUGGAGAUGGGUGUUGGCUAUGAUCAACAUGGGCAAGAUAUUACUGCUGCGGCAAUGCGUGCAUGCAGGGAUGCCAUCUCCUCAAAUUCAAUUCCUGCAUUUCGUAGAGGGUCCAUACCUGGGGUCACAUUUGGCCAAAUGAAACUACAGAUCAAACUGGGGGUCCCACAUUCCCUGCAACAAUCAUUGGAUAUCGAGAGGGUGAAGUCUGUCUUCCCUUAUGGGAAAAUAGUGAAAUUUGAAGUUGUUGAUGGUGGAAUGAUAUGCUCAAGUGGUGUGUACGUUGAAGAAAUGGGAGACAAGAAUGAUGACUGUUACAUUGUGAAUGCUGCAGUAUAUGUUGGCUACUAGCUUUUGUUACCUCUGUAAGUGCUUUCCAAGAUAAGUUUACACUCAGAUGAGAUCUGAAAACCGAACUCGGGUUUCUCAGGUCAAUGUUGUAAAUGAUGAAGGACCCUUGAGGGAGAUGGUGGCUGAUGCUGCUUCUCCACAUGUUUGUGGAAACUGCUGUGUCGUAUUUUUGGCAGAAAUGAGAGAAGUUUCACGGUUUGCAUCAGAUGCUGUCUCAGCUCUUGCUUCUUUAUGGGUGAAUGACCUUUUUGAUCUACCCAUUGCUUUAAUUUUGUUGCCAAAAAAACAAAAAAAAAAACCAGUAACAAAAAAUGUAUUGCCUUAAAAACUUGUUGUGGUACAAUAACUGUCACUGCAACCAUGUUUGAUGUCAUCAUAUAUUCAGCCUUUUGUCUUUGGCUUC